AUGUCAUCCCCAAAGUCGCAGAAGUCUAGGUCGCCUACCAAGUCGCCUCCGGGACCGCAGUCCCCUGCUGCGGCAGGCCAGGUUGCUGAAGAGCAGGCGGCAAUUGAAGUUGAUGAUGACUCGGAUUCUUCUUACUCCAAAUCCACUGGGAUUACGGAUACCGAGUCGCUUCGGUCGUCGAUUAUGGCGUUCAAGUGGGAGAAUGGGCGACGAUAUCACGCUUACCAAGAUGGGUCCUAUUGGGCCCCCAAUGAUGAUCGCCAACAAGAAGCUGAAGACCUCAUGCAUGAGGUGUACAGAAUCAUUCUCGGCAAUUCCCUCUAUGAGGCGCCCAUUGGCGACAAUCCUCAGAAAGUUCUCGACAUAGGAUGCGGAACUGGCAUCUGGGCAAUCGAAUUCGCUGAUGAGCAUCCUUCGGCUGAUGUUCUCGGCGUCGAUCUUUCUCCCAUCCAGCCAAACUUUGUUCCCCCCAACUGUAGAUUCGAGGUUGACGAUAUCACAAACGAAUGGACUUAUCCCGAAGACACCUUCGACUUCAUCCAUGCUCGCUCUAUGAUAGGCUGUCUUCCCGAUUGGACCGAGCUUUACCGUAAAGCAUUCAAACACACGAAGCCCGGCGGCUGGGUAGAGAGUGUCGAGCUCUGGGGCAACUCAAAGUGUGAUGACGACACCCUGAAGCCCGAGUCGCCGCUCCACAAGUGGGUUGACGUCUUCAAGAAGAUUGAAUCUCUGACAGGCAAAUCCUUCUUCUGGGAUGACAAGAUGCAGCAGUCUAUCUCUGAUGCUGGAUUCAUCAAUGUUUCGGGUCGAAGGAUUAAGGUGCCCAUUGGAACCUGGCCGAAGGAUAAGACUCUCAAGCAGUGGGGUGCUUGGAACCGCCAUUUCCUUCUUCAAGGUCUCGAGGGUUUCUCUAUUCGUGGCCUGACCGAAAUGCUUGGCUGGAAAUAUGAGGAUGCUCAGCUGUUCUUGGCUGACAUGCGCAAGGAGUUGACGAACCCAGCUCUGCAUGCGUAUCUUGAUGUGACUGUAUUUUACGGACAGAAGCCAGAGGCAUGA